AAUAAGUAACCAAUUAGCCAUCGUCUUUGGUUACCGUCUUUGUCUUCUUUCUUAUUAUUAUUAUUCUUCAUCUUCUUCCUUCGCUUCCUCAUCUUUGAUUUUGAAUUGAUAUGUCACUGACAAGGACAACACUGCAAAUCUCCAAAAACAAUCCCCUGUUGAAAAUGCCCACUUUUACACGUUAAUUUGUUCUCUAGACGCUGUUGUUUCUAUGCCAACCCACCACCACCAACCACCAAUAAGAACCCAAGACUGUUUCCGUUUGUUCCAAUUAUCCUCAUGUGCAAAUCAAGAAAAGCCAUAGACGUAACCCAAUCUCUUACCCCAAAAUCCCACCCUUCAAAAUCUUCAUCAAAGUCAUUAUCAUCAUCAUCCGGCAAUUACCCAUUAUCAUCAUCCAUUAAUUACUCUUCUUCAGGCUUCUUUAACCAUAAUAAGGACACUUCAAAAUCAUCUUCUUCUUCCAUCUCAAGCAAACGCUUUCUCAAAAUCCUUAAAGAAGCUUCUUUACCAGAGAAUACAAAAAUUUAUGACUUUGUUGAAAUAUGCAGAGCCACCAACAACUUCCUAUCAAAACCCUUCUCUUCGUCUUCCUCUUCCACCUCUUGGCGCUGCCAGAUUCGCCGGAAAGAGGUUAUUAUUGUCCAGCGCAAGUUCCGCCACCGUGACCCCUUAAAAUUACCGGAGCUCCAGCAACGGUUAUCCACCAUCUGCAGGAGUCAUCAUAGUAGCUUGAUUAAGCUUCUGGGCGCGGCCACUUCAGGGAAUUAUAUAUAUCUUGUGUACGAAUACUUUCAUGGAACCAGUUUAGCUACUUGUCUUAGAAACCCACAGAAUCCCAAUUACACGGUACUUUCAAAUUGGCUCUCGCGGAUGCAUAUUGCUACAGAUAUCGCUCAUGGGAUCGAUUACAUUCAUCAUUGUGCAGAUUCAAAUUCAGGCUUUGUGCAUAACCAUAUAAAGAGUUCGAGCAUUUUAGUAGCUGAAGAUUUGUUGGAUGCCAAGAUUUGUCAUUUCGGGGCAGCGGAGCUAUGCGGGGAAAUAGAGGGAAGUGAAAGAUCUGAGGCGAGAAGUUUUGGCAGGAGUAAUAGUAAAGGCAAGAAAAUUGAAGGGACAAGAGGAUACAUGCCGCCGGAGUUUCAAGCAAGUGGGGUUGUGACGCAGAAAUGCGAUGUUUAUGCUUUUGGGGUGGUGGUUUUGGAGCUGGUGUCAGGAGAGGAGGCGUUGAAUUAUGUGUUUGAUGAAGGGAGAGGAGAGUUUAGCAGAGUUGGUGUGAUAGAGAGGGCAAGAGAGGCAGUGGGUAGCGGUGGCGGUGGGGUGAGGAGCUGGGUUGAUAGGAGGUUGAAGGAUUCGUAUCCAGUGGAUGUGGCAGAGAAGAUGGUGGUGGUGGGGUUGGAUUGUGUGGAGGAUGAUCCAGAGAAGCGGCCAGAUAUGGAGCAGGUGGCUGUUAGAGUGUCAAAAUUGUAUUUGGAAUCCAAGAACUGGGCUGAGAAGAUUGGUAUGCCAAUUGAUUUCUCUGUUUCUUUGGCGCCUCGAUGAAGAAAUAUAGUUAAGCAGAAAAAUGGCAGAUCUACAGGUGUCUCUGGUUUUGUUUAUUAUUUCUUGUGAAGUUUUGAGUUUCCCUUGGAUAUUUUUCCCCUAUAUUGUAUAAAAUUUUUCACAGAUCCAUUCUUUUAAACAAAUAGAUGAAAUCUUGAUAGCUUC